AUGUGGGGUGCGAAGAGAGUCCAGGACUACGAGGGCAAGGAUGUGAUCGAGGACUCGCCACCUAGUUCUCGCUUUCCCAAACUUGAAAAGCAAACCCCCGCAUCCGAAGCGACUACGCCCGCGGCGGACACCACGGAGAAGAAAGACGAACCGAAACCCAACCUCGUUCGGGCGGAACUCGAGAAACCUACCCCUACCGAAGCUCCGAAAAGCGAGGCUCAAGAGAGUGAUACACCCUCGGAAAUAUCAUCCUCCGAGUCUUCACCUUCGAGAAGCGCUUCCAUAGAAUCAAGCGAGAAGGAUUCCGACAUGGCGGAUAAGUCACCCGAGACGCUCGCGGCCGCAACGCCUGUCGGUGUCGCGAAGCCUGAAAGCGAUUCCCCGGAUGCAAAUCAAGAUCCGAAGGCUCCGCUGAACGAGGGAGGUUCGUCAGAACGUCUGGUCCCAGAUCCCACGCCGUCGUCUUCACGGGAAGAAGGAGUUCAAGAGAAGCCCUCGUCAUCGGCUCCUGCUAGUCCCAGUCAGGAACAGAGGAGCACAGGAGAAGAUGUCGUGGUCGAGAGUGAAAAAGAAUCACCGGCGGCUUCGACUCCGAUCGUCGAGAAGGCGACUGAAGAGGAGAAAUCCGCGGAAACCGCAGAAGCUUCUCCCUCGACAGCCGAAGCACCGGGAUCUUCAGCAUCAGCGGCGAGGAGUCCGACCGAGCAUGUCGGAAAUGCUCCCUCUGACCUUCCCGCGGAGACUCCCGUCGACGACAAAGCACCCGUGGAAGAAGAGGAAAAACCCGCACUUGCACUAGAUGGAACACCCGCACUCGCAGCUGAUCACGCCGACGUAGUUUCCGGAGGUUCUCCGGAUCACGGAGCCAGUGAUCCAUCUGCGCAACUCCCGGUCGAGCCGACAGCAGCUGUCGAACAUGACGAGAUCGCCGUCGAAAGUUCUGUCGAACCGACCGCAGCUGCCCCGUCAGAGACCCCUCUGGAGGCAGAAGCCGCUGCUGGGCCAUCGCAAUCUGAGGACUCCGUUGCACAAUCUUCCGGAGUCGAAGCGCCCUGCUCGGAAGAAACCGUCAAGGAUUCGACCGUGGAGGCUGCGUCGGCCCUGCCAGAGACGCAAGAACGAUCGUCAGGACCUGCUGCCGCGACACCAGCUCCGGCGGCUGCAGGAACUCUGGAGGGGGCUGCAGAAUCUCCGGAAGAGGCUGGUGCCGCGCAGGCCGAAGUCCAAGAGAAACCGAGCGCAGAGGAUUCCGGAAUCCAAGAGGCAGAUUCCCAUUUGCUCGACGAAGACAGUCAAGACCCUCUGCAGGAAACUCGGGCAGCCGGGGAUUCGUCGCUUAGUGAAACACAAGCGAGGAACGUCGAUGGAGUUGCCGUCGAACGGCCAGGCGAUGCAGAAGAGGAUUGGUCGGACGAAGAGGAAGAAGAUGAGGGAGCCUCGUCUUUCGAUAGGGAGCAUGGAGCUCCCCUGUCGAAAAAAGGCGAGGCCGUCUCGGACGAAGACGCUAACCUAGACUUCGAUGAGGACAAGAGUAAUCCACAAUAUAUCCCGAAGAAGGGUGCUUUCUACGAGCAUGAUGACCGUCGCGGAACAGACGACGAAGACGAAGCUGCUGAAGAAGAGGCCAACAAGGACAAGGAGACCGAGGAGUCAGAAGCGGCUGGCGGCUCCAAGGACAGUCCUGAACACCGUCGUGCCCAGCGAGUUCUCCAAAGCGAAACGAAGGACCGCUGGGACCACGACAUGUUCGACCCGAACGAACAAGGCCCUAAAAGUAGCGACGAACUCGUCCAACAGUACGGCUACGACAUUCGCGACGAGUCAUCAGCACCGCGAGCUGCUAGGCGGCGUAGGUACGGCCGUGGUCCCAAUAAGUACACACGAGAUUGGCAGGACGAGAAGGCAUACCACGGUAAGACCCACAACGCCCAGGAGCGCCGAGAAAAAGAAUUCCACCCGCGAAGGGAUGAUUUCCCUUGUUUGCCGUCGGCACAAAGACCGCGCGACCAGCAAAACCUCAAAGAGUCGAAGGAGCAUCAACAGCCGAGAGACGACAGACCGGAACAGCACCCGAGAGAAAAUCGCCGACAAAGCGACCGCGGCGAACGUCCGGAGAGGAGUGAAAGACCGGAGACUAAAGACCCACGUCGCUCAGACCAGGGCCGGGACAACGUUCGGAAGGAUAGAAGAGCUCAGAACUUCGGCGCCGGGCCAGCUCCGCCUCCGCGUAACGAUAACCCACGCUUCGAUAACGCUCUCCGGGGGGGUGCUGGCCCGCCCAGAAGAGACUUCGUGCCAGAAGUCGACACUGGGCGUCGAGGUGCAGGGCACGAGAAAUGGCGGAUGGAGGCGACCGAGAACAGAGAUCCCGGACGCAGACUGAUUGGCUGCGGCGAGCGAGAACUCCGCUGGCGCAGAGAAGGUUCGGGUCGUUUCGGCGACCAUCGGGGAUCUGGAGGUUACGAUUUGCGCAACAAGCUCGAAGCGAACCGUCACGAAAACCCGCGCUUCGACAAUAGGAAGCCCCCACGGAACGAUGGCUGGACAGGAGGCGACAACGGUGGACACCGAGAUCACGGCCACAGAGAUAAUGGCGGCGGCGGACGUCCAAGAGGAGCUGAUCACCGCGAUUUCCGAGAUAACGGCCAUCGGGAAAACUUCCACAGAGAGAACUCCCACCGCGAGAAUUGGAGGGACAAUCGUGAACGAGACAAUCGAGAUAAUUCCUAUCGAGAUAAUCGCGAUUCCGGAAGAGAUCCCCGCGACUCUGGUAGAGGGGAUGUCCGAGAGUCUGGGAGGAACGAUUCCCGAGACGCUGGACGGGGAGACGUUCGCGAAGGAGGGCGGGACAACCGCGACGGUGGCCGAGAGAUCAUCAUGCGGCAGGACCGCAAGAUCGGUUCAGGGAGGACGCAAGAGCCUCGCAACAGCAGGAAGCCCGUCGAGCCCAGAAACGGGGAAUUCGUAGAGCAGCGGCGUCCGUCCGACGAGAAGAGACAGCACGCUCCCCAGCAGAAUGGGAACACCGUCGAAAGCAAACGGUAUACUCAGCAGCGGGCUGCGGCCAGGGGAGAGGCGGCCCAAGGCGCCGUUCCUCCAGCCCAAGCUCAACCAAAUGCACCUCAAGGAGCGCAACCGCAGCCAGCGGGCCAUCAUGCGCUGCCGGCACCUCCUCGGCAAUCGCACGCUCCGCAACAAGCAAUACCACAGGCGCACGUAUCUCAACAGCAGGCUUAUUACGAGCUCCCACCCGCUCCGGCGCCCUAUUUCGUUCCGCAGUUCGACGGGGCUGCGGGGCCGCCCCAGAACUUCAUCCAGCCCAACCCGUUCAUGAAUCACCCCACGGCGUAUAUCGCUCCCCCGGCCCCAGCGGCGCACCCCUACAUGAUAAGUCCCGAGGGACCCGUGGCCGAGGUGUACGCACCCGCGCCCGGGAACAACGGGGCUCCCGGAGGGAUCACGUACUAUUCUGCUACUCAGCAGAUGUACAUGCCCCAUCAACAGCAAUCGCAGCCCCGUAGGAAGGCCGCGAUUCCUAUCAAACCGCCUCCAGAGGCGAAACAUCAGCAAGUCGAACCGCUCGAGACUUGAAUUAGGUAGCAAUAGCUUGUACUAUAAGGGUCAUUUCAGCGACCUCUAGUCUUCCAACUGGGAAGGGCUUCCGGGAGCGAUUCUCAGCUGGAAGUGGAUACAACACGACUUUUUGAUACAACACGAGAUAGUCGUGCAUAUUUAAUGUGGUUAGACGUCAGUAGGAGCUAGGAGAUCAAGUCGCUUCAGGUCACAAAGACAGUUUUUAACAUAAUUCAUAGUAUAAAUGAUCUUCAGCUUGCACACCAUCAGAACACAUCUUUCCACGGGACUCCCAGCCCGUUCUUCGCAAAUCUUUCCAUCCGAUUUCGUGCAGCCUCAUCUCCUACUUUCUUCUAUCCAUUCUUCACCAGUUCAUGAAUCCAU